AUGCCUCUUGAUGUCUUAGAGCUUCUGUAUCGAUAUCAUCUAAAAUCUCCAGUAGAAUGCUGACUUAUGGAUUAUGCAUUAAAAAUGAACUGAACUGGAAAAAUAGGACAUGAACUAAAAAAUACGAAUUCGAUGGGGUGACAUGCCGACAGAGAGAUAGAUGCCUCUUGAAGUCUUAGAGCUUCUUUAUUGAUAUCAUCUAAAAUCUCCAGUAGAAUGCUCAGUAAUUCUUUUUCUAAUAUAGGACCAAGAUUAAUAGAAAAUUAA